AUGUCGGCAGAAAAACGAUGUCAAUUUGUCGGGGAGUACAGAGACGAGGCGAACAAAGGAUCAAUUAUCGCUGGCUCGACGUACUUCAUCGUGGCGUCGCGAAUGGUGCGGCCGAGCCAGGUCUACCAGAUAGCGGUGAACAUCCUGCACAGCCCGCUCCCGAUAAUGGUCCACGCCUCGAUCCAGCGAAACGGGGUAGAAAUCGCGGCGACCUACCAGGAGAUCCAGGAGGGCAUACCCGAGAAGCUGAUGAUGAAGAUGCCACCGACUUCGGUGCCCGGUGAUUACAGGCUCAGGGUGGACGGCAAUUACAACAGCCUCACCGGGGGCCAGGCCUUCUCCAACGACACCCAGCUCGUCUUUAGUCAAAGAUCCAUGACCAUCUUCAUUCAGUGCGACAAGCCGGUCUACAUGCAGGGACAGACCAUUAGGGUCCGUACUAUACCGAUCAACACCGAGCUGAAGGCGUUCGACGGUACGGUCGAGGUGCACAUACUGAAUCCCCAGGGCCGCAUAAUGCGCCGCUGGCUCAGUCGGCAGAGCAAUCUCGGCUCGGUCUCGCUGUCCUACCAGCUCUCCGACCAGCCGGUCUUUGGCGAGUGGAGGAUCAAAGUGAUAGCCCAAGGCCAAGUCGAGGAACAGUCGGUCUUUGUCGAGGAGUACUACCAGACGCGCUUCGAGGUCAACGUCACGAUGCCGGCCUUCUUCUUCGAGAACGAGCUCUACAUACACGGCAUCGUACAGGCGAAUUACACCUCCGGCGCCCCGGUCAGGGGCAAUUUGACCCUCAAGGCGAGCUUCAAGCCGAUCAACAAGUACCGGCAGACCAGCGGCACUUUCGAGAACGUGCCCGACCGGUACUUCACCUUCGACGAGUACUACCCGUCCUGGUUCAAUCCGUUCGAGCGCUUUCAGGAGUCCGUGCCCGUCCUCAGGUUCUUCAACGGGACCUACAAAUUCCGAUACCCGAUGAGCGAUCUCCUGCAGUACGUGCCAACGACGGCUGAGGGCGUCGAGGUGCAAGUCACAGCCACGGUGGGUGAGCACUUCCUCGAGGAGGUCAUCGUAGGCUACUCGACGGCACGCAUCUACAACUCGAGCGUCAAGAUCCACUUUGCGGGUGGCUCACCCCAGGUCUUCAAGCCCGGCAUGCCCUUCGACCUGAACCUCGUGGCGUCCUUCCACGACAGCUCGCCCCUGAGGCCCGAGCAGUUACAGGGCGCCCAACUGGAGCUGCGCGGAGACAUCGAGACGCGCAGUAGCGGCCGACGCAGCCUGGACUCCCACUCUUUCAAGGUCUCUCCGGAUAACGACGCAAUCUGGUCUCUCAGGAUCGAUCUGCGGGAGCAACUGUACCUGCCGAGAAACUCGAGCGAUACGCAGCACUUGCUCAACGACAUAAUAACGAUGCGCUUUUUCGCGGAUUUCCGUGACGCGGAGGGCCACACGGCCCACGCCGAGCUGUUGAUGCUCGCCCACGAGUCUCCCGGCCAGAAGCACAUCAAGGUCUGGACGUCGACGGAGAAGGCCACGGUCGGCGAGUACCUCGUCCUCCACGUGCAGACCAACUUUUACAUCGAGAGCUUCAACUACCUGAUCACGUCCAAGGGCUCGAUCGUCCUUACCGGGGACGAGCUCAUGCAGCAGACCAUCAAGACCUUCGCCGUGCCCCUGUCCUCCGAGAUGGCGCCCGUCGCCACCGUCGUCGUUUACUACGUGGGCAGGUACGGCGACGUCGUCGCCGACUCCCUCACUCUCUCCGUGAAUGGCAUAUCGCGCAACAAGUUCACCGUUCUCAUAAACAACAAGAAAGCCAGGACCGGCGAGAACGUCGAGGUGGCCAUCUACGGCGAGCCAGGCUCUUACGUGGGUCUGUCGGGCAUCGACCGGUCGUUCUAUUCCAUGCAGGCGGGCAACGAGCUCACCUAUUCCCACGUCAUCGAGAAGAUGUCGCACUUUGGCGAGGACACGAACGGCACCCACGCGCACACGUGGAUCGACCAUUCGGGUGACCCGGACGUCAUGCUACUCUUCCCCGCGCCGACUUUCGGCAUCGACGUUAACCACACCUUCGAGUACUCAGGCCUCGUCGUCUUCACCGACGCUAUCGUCCACCGCCGGCCGGAACACUGCAAUCGCACACUCGGCUUUCUCGAGUGCCUCAACGGCAGGUGCUUUAGAGUGGACCAGAAGUGCGACGGGGUGCUCCAGUGCGAGGACGGCACCGACGAGCUACGCUGUCCGACGCGCAACGCGACGGACAUAAGCGAGUUCCGCAAGUGGCGCUUCAACAGAAUACAGCGCCAGUACGACAACGUCUGGCUGUGGAAGGACGUGAACAUCGGGCCGCACGGCCGGUACAUCUUCAACAUCGACGUGCCUAAAAUACCGGUCCACUGGAUGAUCACUGCCUUCGGCAUGAGCCCGACCAAUGGUUUCGGCAUGCUGCCUCAAGCGCUCGAUUAUAUGGCCGUGUUGCCGUUCUUCAUAAACGUCGAGAUGCCGACGCACAGCAAACAAGGCGAACAGGUCGGCAUACGCGUCUCGGUCUUCAACUACAUGAGACGCCACCUCGAGGCAACGGUCGUUCUCACGGGGUCCAAGGACUACAAGUUCGUGCACGUGGAGGAAAGCGGCUACGUGGAGGCGUACAAGCCGCGCACAUCGUUUGGCGAGCACCAGUUUUUCAUCUGGAUACCGGCGCAGGACGCGACUGUCGUCUACAUACCGAUAGUGCCGGUGCGCCUGGGCGAGGUCAAGGUCCACAUAUACGCGACCUCGUUGAUCGGCCAGGACUCGGCGACGCGGACAUUGCAAGUCGAGGCAGACGGGCUGCCGCAAUACAGGCACCAGUCGAUUCUAUUGGAUCUCAGCAAUCGCGCCUACGUCUUCCAGUACAUGCACGUCAACAUCACCGAGACACCGAUCAUACCGUACGAGGAGGAGCGCUACUACAUCUUUGGCUCGAACAAGGCUACGAUCAGCUUGGUCGGCGACGUGGUGGGCCCGAUAUUCCCAACAAUGCCGGUCAACUCGACGAGCUUGAUUCACCUGCCGAUGGACUGCGCCGAGCAGAACAUGUUCAGCUUCGCGGCCAACAUGUACAUGACCCUGCACAUGCGCCUGAUCAACCAGCGCAACUUCAGCCAGGAGUCGGAGAGCUUUUACUACAUGAACAUCGGCUACCAGCGCCAGCUGUCCUUUAUGAAUCCGGACGGCUCGUUUUCCUUGUUCCGCAGCGACUGGAACCAGUCGUCACCGAGCGUCUGGUUGACCGCGUACUGCGUUCGCAUAUUCCAGGAGGCGAGCUUCUACGAGUGGGAGAACUACUUGUACAUCGAUCCCAAGGUGAUAGUCCAGUCGGUGACGUGGUUGCUGGAACACCAGACGCCCGAGGGCUCGUUCUAUGAGGUCAGCUGGUUGCCCGACCGCAAAAUGAACAGUACCCUCAAUUACGACGACGAGGACGGGUACUCGUUCAAGCCCAGGAACAUAUCGCUCACGGCGCACGUGCUCAUUACCCUCGAGGCGGUCAAGGACUUGACCGAGGGCCUCGGUGUCAGGGUGGCUCAAGCCGCUGCCAACGCCGUGAGGUGGCUCGAGAAAAACCUACAGCUGUUGGAACAGAAGGGUCGACCUUACGAGGUGGCGAUCGUGGCGUACGCUCUGGCCCAGGCCAAGGCGACCACGGCCGAGCAGGCCUUCAACCUCUUGCGCCUGCAUCGUCGCGAGGAGGGCGGUCUAGUCUACUGGGGUCGUCAAAUGGUGCCCCAGCCACCCACGAAGACGGAGAAUCAGAAGCCUUUCUCCCUGCCUCGGUUACCGUACGAGUACGACUCGGAGAACAUCGAGACGACGGCUUACGCGCUGCUGGUCCACGUGGCGAGGCAAAAGUACGAGAACGAGCCGAUCGUCAAGUGGCUGAACUCGCAGAGGCUAACCGACAGCGGCUGGGCCUCGACGCAGGAUACCGCCUGGGCCAUGAAGGCCCUUAUGGAGUACACCUCGGGCGCCCGGCUCCGGGACGUCAAUCAGCUGUCCGUUACGGUUGAGGCCACCGCUCUGCCCGGCCAAAGCAGAAUGCUCUACGUCAACAACAAGAACCUCGCCAAACUGCAGACUCUCGAGAUUCCUGAGGCGUGGGGAACAGUAAAGGUCCAGGCAAAGGGCGCGGGCUACGCGAUCCUGCAGAUGCACGUGCAGUACAACGUCGACAUCAAGAGGUUCCAGACGCAGCCGCCCAUACGGGCCUUCGAUAUCCACACUUACGCCAACUUCCACGGGAGAAAUCAGUCUCACAUAUCGUACUUGAGUUGUCAAAGAUGGAUUAACCUGAACGAGUCGCAGCGCUCCGGCAUGGCGGUGUUGGACGUGACGAUACCCACGGGCUACAUAAUCCAGCAGCAGGUCCUCGACAGCUACAUACUGUCGCGACAGGUGAGGAAUCUCCAGCGAGCGCGCUUCCAGCCGUCCAAGGUGCUCUUCUACUUUGACUACCUCGACCAGGAAGAGACCUGCGUCAACUUUACCAUCGAGCGCUGGUACCCGAUCGCCAACAUGUCCAGGUAUCUCCCCAUCAGGAUCUACGACUACUAUGCACCAGAACGUUUCAACGAAACAAUGUUCGACGCACUGCCAACGUAUCUUUUGAACAUAUGCGAGGUGUGCGGGAGCAGCCAGUGCCCGUACUGUCCGAUCUUCAACGCGGCGAUGCUACUGGCGUCGCCGGGCUACUUCGCCGUUACCCUGUCGAUCCUAGUCACCGUCAUCCGGUACUUCAAGACGCAAAGACUGGAGUUCGGCUAAUAGGUCUCCUGUGUUGUGCUAUAAGCUCUCCAAAGUAACGAGUAUUCAACGAAUACCCAGCUCUGCUAAGGAUUUAUACAUAUGUCGUAAUGGCUCGCAGAUGGAGAAACUAGUUGAGCGUGGCAGAGAUAGACUGUUGAUUUUUUACAAACUUUAUCAUACUUACAGUUUUUUUUUUUUUUUUU